UUGUAAUUUUUCUGUUGAAUGUACUUUUAAACUGUCUGAAUUUAUUAUCAUGGUUGCAGUCGUAAAUGCUUAAAAGCUUUAUAUAAAGAUGGGGAAAAAUGAAUCAAAUAAACUUUAUAAAGAAAUAACAAAGAAUAAAAGAAAAUUACUCUUAGGUAGUAACACACUGGUUAUAAUUUUUAAACCUGUUUUUUCGGAAGAUAUUAAACGUGCAACAAAUCUGGAAGUUCUAAAUGAAACAAAAAAUAUUUCACCUUGGAAACUUUUUGAGAUGCUAAUUGAUGCGAAUAAACUUAUUGUAAAAGGACUGAAGCUUCAUAACAGCUUAAAAGAGUUGCAGUUGUGUGGUUGGAUAAGCCCUUACACUUUAUUUUUAUGUGGCCUCUUUGAAGAUAUUAAAGUUGUAAAAAACUCAUGGGUGAAAAGAAUGAUGAGAAGUCCUUUAGGUUUUUACAUUAAAGAACUUGGUUUUGUACAAGAUUUUUAUGUUGAAUCAAUUCCUCAAUCGCUUUUUUUAUCUUUGGCAACAGCACUUUUUGAAACCAUUGUCGAUUUAAACCAGCAAAAUAUUUACCCAAACAAGGAUACGUUACACGAUUACUUAAAAAAAAAAUACUCUGACAUUGUAAUUCCAGAUUCGAAAUCAAUUCAUGAAUGUCUUAGAAAACUUGUAUGCGAAAAACGUUUGUACCAUAAUGGAAGAGGUUAUUUUGUUUUAAAAGAUGAUAGCUUUUUAAACAAGUUUACAUCCUCCAAUAGUUCUGUAAAGAGAAUACCAAUUAACGCAAACUCUCCGCCUCAAAUUGAACUAGAUUUUAGCCAAAAAAACGGAAAAACGAAACCUGAUAUUGACGCUUUUACUAAAAAUGUUUCCAAACAUAAAGAUCUACAAUUAGAUGACAAAAACAUAGGUAUUAUGAAUUUUUUAACUAGAAUUGAAUCAUUUAAGAGUAAAACAACUCAAGCGAAAAUAAACUAUACAGAUAAAAAUGACAACUUGCAUUCAUUCAAAACAAAUACGUCAAAAAAUGAAGUAUUCUCAGGCUCAGGUUAUUACGAACAAUCAAAUCAUCUAAACUAUAUUGAAAAUGAAAAUUUUAAAUACAAGAAGAAAAAACGAAGCAAUAGUUUUCAUGGAACAGAUUCUGAAAAAUCAUUUGAAAAAAGCGUAUCUUUUGCAAUUGUAGGUUGUAAAAAUGAAAAAACUGAUACUACUUUUAAAAGACAUCAUUCGUUUGGAGCAGGUUCGCAUAGCAUUUUGCAAACAUCUCAAAAUUUAGUAAAUGAGCAGACUAAGGACACUGUGGAAGUUAAAGAGAAAACUCAAGAAACUGUGGUUGUUAAAGAUGUUGAUGUCUGCAAAAAUUAUUAUGAUGAUCUUGGUAGUGCUUUAAGCCUGUCAAAUCAACCAGUAAUUGACGCAGUUAUUAUUCCACACGUUUGUUCAUUCAAAAAUGAACUAAGUUUAGCAGACGAAAUGAAAAUUGCGGAAAAGGAUAUAAAUUUUUCUAAUGAAAAAUCUCACAAAAUUGAUUGUAAUUCAAAACAAUUAGUUGUGAUUGAAAAAAAAAACAGAGCUUUAAGCGCGACUUCUUUUCUUCCGCCACAAGUUGCAUCUGAUGCUUCUAGAGAUCUAACAAAACAGUCCACAUCAUCAGGCAAUUUUAAUUUAGCAACAUUUUCGGACAAUCUUGUAACAAAUAGUGAUAUAAAACAACUAAUCUUAUCUAGCUCAAAUGAAGAACGGAAACAAAUUCAGAAAGAAAGGAAUUCAAUUUUGUUUGCAGAAAAAAAAGGGACUCUGCGAGUUGUGGGUUUUGUUUAAAGGUAAAUCCCAAAAUCUCUUCAACUAAAAGUUUUAUUUAAAAAUGGAUUAAUAAAUAGAACUUUUAAGCAGAAUCAUAAUUAUUGAAUUAUAAAUAAUGUAUGUAUUAAAUAUUUUAUAUAUUUAUAUUAUACAUAUAAACUUGCAUUUA